UUGAAUGAGAAGGUUCGCAUACUUUGCAUGAUAUACACUUACGAACAAAAUUUUAAGGAAAAAGCGUAUUUGGUGAAACGAACAUGGGGAAAACGGUGCAAUAAUUUGCUUUUUAUGUCGAAUAUGACAGAUCCGAACAAUUUGAUCGACAUCACAGUCUUGAAUGUCACGGAAUCGAGAGAUACGUUAUGGAAAAAGACAAAAUUGAGCUUUCAACAUGCCUAUGAACAUCAUCUCAAGGACUAUGAUUGGUUUUUAAAAGCUGAUGAUGAUACAUAUGUCAUCAUGGAAAACCUUCGUUACUAUUUAUAUCAAUAUCCAACGGAAUUACCUUUGUUAUUUGGUUAUCAAUUUAGGAGAAAUUUCAUGUCAGGCGGAGCAGGAUACAUUUUAUCGCGAGAAGCUGUGCGGAUUUUCAAUGAAAAGGCACUUAAGGAUAAGGAAAAAUGUUCACAAAGCGAUGAUGGCGCAGAAGAUGCUGAAAUGGCGAGCUGUUUGUCAGCUUUUAAUGUAACUUUUGGCGAUACGAGAGACGAAUUCCUGAAAGAAAGGUUCUUUCCUCUCGAUUUAGACUUUUUGUUGAAUGAGGAGUUCACGGAUAAAGACUUUUGGUACUAUACUGAUGCACAAUAUGUACAUAAUGAAACGGGACUUGAAUGUUGCUCAAAUACUGCAAUUGCUUUUCAUUACGAAAGUCCCGUUCACAUGUUAGUAUUUGAAUAUUUGUUGUAUCAUAUGAAAAAAAAUCAAAUACAACUCAAAAUACCUGAUCUCCCAAAGAAAUUUUCAGUUGACGAUACGAAAAUCAUGUUUCCAAGGAAAAAUAUUGGGCUUUAUCAAAAGAAUUCAAGUCAAAUAACUGCCAAUAACCAAAUCAAACAAAAUGUGAUAAAUUUAAAAUAAAAUAUCCAAAGUAUGCAAUAAACAUUCUUAAUUCUGUCGUAAAAUGCAAAAACGGCGUACUUACUUGAACAUUCCGCAAUAUCCGUUUGCUGUAUCAAAAGUUUGUUCGGGCGGCGCAACUCUUUCCAACAAUCGAGGCAUUUGACUUAAACAUCCCAAAGCAGCUACGAGACUUGGAUCUCCCGGACCUACAGGUU